CUGCCUUAUAGUAUAGACUGUUAAUAAAAUUAUUCCGUUCAUAUUCUUUAACAGAUAAGCAAAAGAUAACACGGCAGAUGCGCAGACAUUUUCGUCCCUUGAGGUCGUCGUAAUAGGUAGAUAGGUUUAACUGUCAUGGACUGAAUACGAAGUGUCACCGUGGGAGCAAUUCCACCUGGACUAUUAGAGUGCUCUUCACCGUGCGCUGCGUCACGUUAUACUGGACUUACGUGUAUCAAACGGCACUGUCGUUUCUAUAAAAACCGGUGUAGAGACCCCCUUCGUACCAAGAAAAAGAGAGGAUUUGACUUAGGAAUACACAGACAACAGGAACGGAAUACGAGCCGUUGUAAGGACGUAACAAAACCAGACCAGUUAUUCGGUCUGUGAAAUGGUCACUAUGACGAUUCGCGCCAUCUUUGUGGUGGUUGCUCUUACUGUAUACCAUGUCCGUUAUGUGACAGGAAGUGACGAGGUGACAGAGCCGCCAGCAGUGUGUCCUGUCACCAGAGAGCCUGGAAUUAGGACGUUCGACAUUCGCUUAACCGAAGCCGAAGUGCCGAGACGGAAAACGUAUUACGUCUGUCAACAGUUCACGGUCCCAAGCGAUGAAGUGUACCACGCGGUCGCCUUUGAGCCAAUCAUAGCCAACAAAGACGUCAUGCAUCAUAUGAUCUUAUUUGCAUGCGGAGAUGACGUAACAGCAGGAGACCCACACCUAUGCGGGGCAGAGGACUUAAAAUGCGAGACCUGGCUAACGGUGUGGACGGUGGGGUUGGAGGGACAGAUCUGUACCCACCACAACACGGGGGCCAAGUUUGGCCGGGGCAGUAUGAGGCACAUGUCGCUUCAGAUCCACUGGAACAACCCGGACCUCAGAGGCGACUACGUAGAUAGUUCCGGAAUGCGUAUUUACUACACUCCUCGACUGCGUAAAUACGACCUUGGGAACGUCCAGUUUGGUCAGAACUACUUGGCGAUCCCUCCACUGUCACGUGACUACGAGCAGCACGGCGGCUGUACACCUUAUUGCACGAAGAAAAGACUCCCACACCCAAUUUAUUUAACCCGAACAUACUUGCAUAUGCAUCAUUUGGCCACGGCAGGCGCCAUGGAGCAGUACCGCAACGGCAAACUUAUCCGCGUGAUCGCUUUAGACCCCGAAUACCAGUACGUGACCCCGCCCAUCCACGUCCACGACCCCGCGGUGGAGAUUCUCCCCGGAGACGAGGUCCUUGUGCGGUGCUGGUACAACACGCUGGACGGAGACCGGAGGCGGUAUAACACUACUUUGUUUGGGCUUGGUACAGAUGCAGAGAUGUGCUACGCUUUCGUCAGCUACUUUCCCGCCGUGCCUCGUUUUGACCAAUGCGCACAGUUUCAAAGUUUAGAAACUGGAGAAUGUGCGAGGAAGACGGGACGAAUAGGCGAAUGCAAUGUGGCCUCGUUUUUAAACCUAGUCAGUUCAACAUUAUCCAAUGAGAUUCUCGCAAACUGUCACCUGUCAGAAGUAUGCCACGCCCAGUGUUAUCUGCCGCUACAGGAACUCUUCAAUCACGUAUGCAUGAAGGGUCCACUUGCCAUGUAUUUCACGCAGAACCAGCUGAUGAGCGUGCCGGCUUGGCCGAGGAUUGUGAAUAUUUAUAACCACGCCAGAACUAAAUGCUAGAGGGCAGCAGGGGCUCUAGGAUUCCCUUCCCCACCAAAUGAAAAUAAUAAUUGAAAACUUAAACGAUGACUGAGCGUUUAACCAUUUUAUGUAUUUAUUUAUUUAUAUUUGAUAAACACUGUUGCUUGACAUUUUGAAACGACUA